CUUGCGUCGGGGAGGCUGCAAUACCCACUGGUGCCGGCAAGGUAGAAACCAAAGCUGAGGGUCAACCGCCGCCGCAGCGGAGGAGCAAGGGAAGGAUGUGGGUUUUUGGUUAUGGGUCUCUGAUCUGGAAGGUGGACUUCCCUUAUCAGGACAAGAUGGUCGGAUACAUCACAGGCUACAACAGGCGCUUCUGGCAGGGAAGCACCGACCAUCGCGGGGUCCCCGGCAAGCCUGGAAGAGUUGUGACUCUUGUUGAAGAUCCUGGGGGAUGUGUUUGGGGUGUUGCUUAUAGACUGCCAGCAGGAAAGGAAGAAGAAGUAAAAGCAUACCUUGACUUCAGAGAGAAAGGAGGCUACAGGACCACGACAGUCAUUUUUUAUCCAAAAGAUCCCACAACAAAACCAUUCACUGUGUUGCUAUACAUUGGAACAUGUGAUAAUCCUAAUUAUCUUGGUCCUGCACCUCUAGAAGACAUUGCUGAACAAAUUUUUAAUGCAGCUGGUCCAAGUGGAAGAAAUACAGAAUAUCUUUUUGAACUUGCAAAUUCAAUGAGGAACCUUGUGCCAGAAGAUGCAGACGAGCAUCUUUUCUCUUUGGAAAAAUUAGUAAAGGAACGUUUAGAAGGAAAACAGAACCUCAAUUGCUUAUAAAGACCUAAUCACUGACUUUUCCAAACAAGCAGAGCUUUUAGUCUUCAGAGAAAAGCUAUAGCUUCAUGCACGCUGGCAAUAUGAUUUGGAAACAUGUUUACUUGAAGGUCUUAUUUAUUUUUAAUGUUGCAGUCAAGAUAUGAUCAAAAUGUGCAGUUUAAUUUCAUGUAUCCUGAAACACAUAAAUAUUUAAAAUACUGGGAUAUAGUUAAAGAAAAAAUUCAAGUUUUAAUAAUAUAAUGGUUUCCUAACUAUAUGAUAUUGAACACUUGCUCAUAAGAAGUGAGUUCUUUAGAAAAAAAAUACAAUGAAGGACUCAGUUCAGAGCUUGUUUUUAUCAGAGUAAAAAUAAUUGUUGUUUCAUAUCACAAUACUAUUUUGAAGUUGUAGAGAAUUAAACCAAAGUCCAGUAAAUAUAAUAAGGUAAUACCUUCAAUAUACUCCUAUACGAUAAUUGUGUAACCAUGGUUUAAAAUAUAUAAACUUAAAAUAAUGUGUAAUUAGAAAUAUAUGGUAAUUAGACAAGAUGUCAACCUUCAUUGUGAAUUUCCUUGUUCAGGUAUUAAAUAAGACCCUUUCCAAUGUAAGUCAAAAAAACUGGCAUUUUUAACAUAAAAAUUUCCUUGGAAUUAUAAUGUACUCUACCUCCCCUUUUUUGAAUAA